CUCAAUAAAUACUCAAAGUCUUAGCUUCUCAUUUUAUCACAAUUUUUUUUGAAGAUCCGAGGCCAUGAAUACUGUUCUAUGGCUAAUUGGAUUAUGUUCUUCGGUUUUCAUUGGUCAUAGAGUUGAAGCUUCUCAUCCAUAUUAUGGAAACUUUCAAUCUCUUCAAUCUACAAGUGUCCCCAUUUCUCAACCUUACAGAACUGGUUAUCAUUUCCAACCUUCCAAGAAUUAUAUGAACGAUCCUAAUGGGCCUAUGAUUUACAAUGGAAUAUACCAUCUAUUCUAUCAAUGGAGUACUUCUGGUCCAGUUUGGGGUAACAUAGUGUGGGCUCAUGCAACAUCCAUCGAUCUCAUAAACUGGAUUCACCAUAAACACGCUAUUGUCCCAUCCGAACCAUUUGAUAGCGAAGGUACUUGGUCAGGUUCAGCAACAUUUGUACAAGGAAAGCCGAUUAUUCAGUACACGGGAAUUAUUGAAUCGAAUCAAUGGAAUUACCAAGUUCAGAACAUGGCAGUCCCUAAGAAUUUAUCUGAUCCUUUCCUUGUAGAAUGGGAUAAACCAGUUGAAUACAAUCCUAUAAUUGCACACAUUGAUGGUAUCAAUGCAAGCGCAUUUAGGGAUCCGACUACUGGUUGGAAAGGCUCUGAUGGAAUCUGGAGAGUGACUAUAGGAAGCGAAGUAGGCACCGAUGGAAUAUCGUAUUUAUUUCGAAGUGAUGAUUUUAUUCAUUGGACUACAGCUGAACAGCCUCUUCAUUCGGCUAAGGGAACUGGAAUGUGGGAAUGCGUAGAUUUCUUUCCAGUAGCAGUUGAUGGAAAAGAGGGUUUGGAUACUUCAGUUCUCGGCCCUAAUGUUAAGCAUGUGUUCAAGGUGAGUUUGGAUGAUACCAAACAUGACUAUUAUACUAUUGGAACUUACAACCCUGAAAAGGAUAAGUAUACUCCUGACGAAGGAUCCAUCGAUAAUGAUUCUGGUUUGAGGUUUGAUUACGGAAAGUUUUAUGCUUCGAAAACAUUCUUUGAUCAUGAAAAGAAAAGGAGAGUACUGUGGGGUUGGGCAAAUGAAUCUAGUAGUGUAGCUGAUGAUGUCAAGAAAGGUUGGGCUGGCUUACAGGCAAUUCCCCGAACUCUAUGGCUCUCGGAAAAUGGCAAGCAAUUGCAGCAAUGGCCUGUUGAAGAGAUAAAAAAACUCCGCACCGAACGAGUUUCUUUACCAAGUAAAGUUCUUGAAGGUGGUUUUGUAAUGGAAGUUCCUGGUCUAACAGCUUCGCAGGCAGAUGUAGAUGCAAUAUUUGAACUUCCGAAGUUGGAAGAUGCUGAUAUCAUGGAUCCUAGUUGGGACAACCCACAAGUACUUUGUAGUUCAAAGCCAGCAUCAAUACGAGGAAAGUCAGGGCCGGUCGGUUUGUUGGCUUUGGCUUCUAAAAACUUGGACGAACAGACAGCCAUUUUCUUCAGAGUAUUUAAUCAUCAAAACAAAUAUGUCGUGCUCAUGUGCAGUGAUCAGAGCCGGUCUUCUUUGGAAGAAAGCAACGAUAAAACCACAUAUGGAGCUUUUAUUGAUUUCGAUCCUGAGCAUGAUAAGCUAUCCCUAAGGAGCUUGAUUGAUCACUCAAUAGUGGAGAGUUAUGGUGUUGGAGGAAAAGCUGUUAUAACAGCUAGAGUGUACCCAACGUUGGCUAUUGAGAAUGCAGCUCGGGUAUAUGUAUUCAAUAAUGGAACCAAAAGUGCCAAGAUGUCGAAUAUCGAGGCAUGGAGUUUGAAGAAAGCCCAAAUCAAGUAUCUUGAAGACUUGAAGCCCUAGGCCGAAAUCAAGUAUUUUUGGUGUUCAUUUGAUAAUAAAAUAAAUUAUGAUGUAAUUGUUAUUUUGUAAAAUCAUACGCUAAUUUUGAAGAAUAAAAUUCAAUUACAUUAU